UGUAAAAAUGGACCAACAAUGGGAUGGGACGUAGUCGUCUUGUGCUUUUAAUUUGGAGGAGGUUUGAACCGGAAGUGACAUGUUUGUCCCUGAACGUGAACCUGUGCGCGUGACCGUGUCGGUGAGCUUUAAGCCGUUAAUGAUCCUUGAACGGGUAGCGAUGACCAACGAGGGCAACAGAAAGCCUCUUUAUACCUGUAACUGCUUCACGACUGAUAACAUCUUCCUGGAUGAAUACAGGCUCCAUGGCUUUGUGUCCGAGCAGCAGUUCAAGCUGGAGUACCGCGCACUGCUGAGGAAGUGGAGCUGUGGCACGGCCGACAGUUUGAAAGACGUCCUCCACAAGAUUUCCCAGGAAGUGGACAGGCGACAGCGUCUAAAUGUGACAUCUGCUGAAAGAGUUGCUGCUAUCAAAGAUGUGUACCAGCCUCUCCAUCCUCAUGUCUAUCAUCUACAGGAGUCCUACCUCGCUCCAGAGUUCAAGCAGAUUCUUGAGUACUGUCAGAGCGGCCGUGCCACUGAAGAAGGUCUCUUAGGCUUGUUGGAGGAACAGGCAGCUCCAAGAGUAUAUCGGUUCCCUGUGUUCAAGAAGAGCUUCUGUGAGGAGCUGGUGGAGGAGCUAGAGCACUUUGAGCAGUCUGCAGCCCCUAAAGGAAGACCCAACACCAUGAACCACCUAUGGGGAAUUCUUCUUAAUGAGCUGGACUUUGACGAGGGCUUCAUCACACCUCUCCGUGAGCAGUACUUGAUGCCACUCACCUCCCUGCUUUACCCAGACUGUGGGGGGUGCUGUCUGGACAGCCACAAGGCCUUUGUGGUCAAAUAUGAUAUGAAUGAAGACCUGGACCUGAGCUACCACUACGAUAAUGCAGAGGUCACCCUGAAUGUUUCACUGGGCAAAGAAUUCACUGAGGGCAACCUUUAUUUUGGUGAUAUGAGACAGGUUCCUGUCAGUGAGACGGAGUGCUCAGAGGUUGAACACAGAGUGACUGAGGGCCUCCUUCACCGGGGUCAACACAUGCACGGUGCUCUACCCAUCUCCUCUGGCCAGCGCUGGAACCUCAUCAUCUGGAUGAGAGCCUCACAGGAACGAAACAAACUGUGCCCCAUGUGCAACAGGACACCCUCGCUGGUGGAAGCAGAAGGCUUUGCCGAUGGCUUCACCAAACACUCUGAACCACCGCAGAACAUCUCAUGCACACUGACAUGAUGCUUCCAGCUGCUUCUGACUCAUGGCUGCACCAGCUGAUUAUAGAAAGACAUUAAAAUGAAUGAACUCUUAUGAAGCAGUUUGAAUCUGUUCCAAAUUGGAAUGAUUAAUAUUUAUUUCUUUUAUGAAUGGUAAUAAUUCAAUUUAGCGUCCCAUUUUAUGACAGUCUUUCUAGAAGCAAAUUUUGCCACUAAGCAGCCAUUUUUGGUGGAUAAUUUAAAUAAUGCUUCACAAUAACUUUGAUUUUCAGUCGAUAACUGAACAUAAAUAUUGCAUGUAUAGGAUCGUCAGUCAGAUCUGAUAAAACGAUUUAAAACUUUGUCCUGAAACAAGGUUUAAAAAAGCCUUUUUGCCCCUGGAAGUUUUUCUUCUACCAACUUCUUUGCUGUUGGCUGAAUUUUUCUGUUUUUCAGUCUUAAAGUGCCUCUGUCUCCGUCAUGUCUUUGUUACCCAGUUCGCUCAGUAAAGUCAGAAUUCAUGCAGGUACAUGUGGCAUACCGUAUCAGUGCAUUCGUGUUAAGAAGACAGCAUAUGUUCUGUCGCAACAUUUGUUCUUUUUUAAAAUCUGCAGCCACUGAUUCAUGUGAAAAAGUCCACAUUGCUAAUCUUGAGCUGUUGCUGUAAUCCCCUCGUGUUUCACGUUUUAGCAAGUUGUGCCUCGUCUGUUUUAGAUUGGAAAGAAUGGAUGAACAUCUGGGAUGAUCAACAUCUGGCUGCUAUAAUACUGCUGUAUGUCUCUGAGGGGGAAAACACACACAGUCACAGUUUGAAAUAAUGGAAGUUUAAUUACACAUUCUGUUAGUUCAUUAAUAUUCUUUGUGUGUAAAUGCCUUAGGCUUGUGGUUGAAGUAAUGGGUGUCACAGAUUUUUAAAGAACACAAAUAUGAACCUGUUGGCUGCAUCGAACAAAAUAAAUGGAUUCUUUUCAACAAACAUCA